AUGACGCGGCGGCGCCGGGGCGAGCCGCCAGUCUCAGCAUCUUCGAGCGACGAGUCGCAGGCGAAGCGGAGAGCACGCGCUCCUCUCACAGACACCGGCUCCAGUUCCAGCAGCGCAGCGGAAACCGCGCCCAAGGCGCGCUUUGCCGUUCCGGAACCAGUUGAAGUGCCGGCGGACCACGAGGCAAGCCAAGAGCCGCCAAUGACGGCAGCUCAAAGCGUGCCCAUGACGGCAGCUUCCACGGAUUUCAGCAUUCUCUCGGACGCAUCACAGGUGAGACACACGCCCACCCCGCCGACGAUACACAUCCAGGGGCCGCAGGAGACACCGGAGGCUGCGCCCGCAAGAUUCAACAAGGCCCUCAUCACAGACAGUUCUGAGGAAGAGGCCGCGCUCAGUGCGCCGCAGGAGCCGCAGGCGGAGACGCCAGGAGCUGGCGCUCGCUUCAGUUUCGACCUGACCAACAUGGGGGACAUGGAGAAGCAGAUCAGCUUCCAAUCUCCGGAGGACGGAAGCGCUUCGUGCUGGAAGGCGCGCCGCCGCCGGCAGUUGUGCCGGAGGGCUCGAGCAGCAGUGGCUCGGCCGACGAGCAGCUCCCGAGCUUCGGGGCGAAGCCUUCGCAGGAGCCCAAGGCCAAGCCCAAAGUCCGAGGCCGUAGGGCCUACGUGGAGGAUGACUCUGACAGCAGCAGCGACGACGUCCUUGCUUGAGCGGGGAUGGGGUAGCGUCAUGGCGAUUCGGUUGCAUGCUAUUGCAAUUCAAUACUUCCAUUGGCUUAAUUUACAGGAGCUAGGUUGUUCUCAGUAG